AUGUGCAGACAAUUACUUCAUUUUUAUUGGGAACCUGAAGAUCCAAAGGAGGAUCCAGAUGAAUCUGAAGAGGAUUCAGAAGAUCCUGAAGAAUCAGAACAUGAUCUCGAAGAGUGUGUGGAGGAUCCAAUAGAGAAUCUUGAAGCUAUCCUGCCUGAGAUUACCCCAAAUGAAUUCAGGCUGAAAGGGAUAAUAUUGACCACUAUACUAGUAAUAAUCAACAUGAUCAGGGGCGCCGGUGAAACUAGUUACGCCACCAACUCAAGGCUCCAAGAGAAAGCGAUCUAUCGAACGAAGCCCGUAUCGACGAACGCCAUCGAAGAAGUGUAUAAGAAGUUGCUCCCUGAGCAUAUGGUCAUUGUCGAUCUCGGUUGCUCUUCUGGUCCCAACACCUUCAUUGUGGUCUCUCAGGUACUCAACAUCAUUAUUGAACUCCGUCGUAUGAUGGAGAUGAAUAAGCCGUUGGAUGUGCAAUUCUUGUUGAACGACCUCCUAGGGAAUGACUUCAACUAUGUCUUCCAAUCACUACAUAAGUUCAAGAAAAAAGUGGAGGAGGAGACUAAGGGAGAGUUGCUGGUGCCGUAUUAUGUGGUCGGAGUGCCAAGAUCAUUCUAUGGAAGGCUUUUUCCUCGUGCGAGUGUCCAUUUCUUUUAUUCUUCCUACUCUCUAAUGUGGCUCUCGCAAGUACCUAAAGAACUAGAAAAUGAGCAAGACCCAUUUGAUGAUUCACAAGAUCAUUCUUUUAAUUUUGCUCUACCAAACUACACAAAAAGUGCAAAAAAUGUGGCGGAUUGUAUUCGUGCAGUGUUAGAACCGUUGAUUGUGCAUCAGUUCGGGGAUGUCAUACUUGAUGAUUUAUUCACACGAUACACACAUAAUGUUUCUAAGCACCUUAUCAAGGAGAAAUCCAACCAUACCAUUUUAGUCUUUGCCUUGAAAAAAUGUAUUUGA